AUGGCUAAAAGUAAGAAUCAUACCAACCAUAACCAAAACAAGAAGGCUCACAAGAACGGUAUCAAAAAACCAAAGACCUACAAGUACCCAUCAUUGAAAGGUGUUGAUGCUAAAUUCAGAAGAAACCACAGAUAUGCUUUGCACGGUACUGCUAAAGCCUUGGCUAAAGCUAGAGCUGAGAACUAG